ACAGCUUCCAUAAUCAUCCCACAGCUCAAUACUAAACAUCCUACCAAACCUUAAUCUCUUCAAACAUUUAGUUUUAUUAAACUAAGCAAAAAACACUAUGGGAGUGGCUACCUAUACCCAUGAAGUGGCAACUUCAGUUGCAGCUCCUAGGAUGUUCAAGGCUCUGUAUGUGGACUCAGACAACCUCUUGCCAAAGGUGAUGCCACAGAUCAUAAAGAGCAUCGAAAUUGUUCAUGGUGAGGGUAGUGGUGCUGGAACCAUCAAGAAGAUGAACUACCUCGAAGGAGAUAGCUUAAAGUACGUGAAACACAAGAUUGAAGUGGUGGACGUGGAUAACUUGAUCUGCAAGUACUCGUUGGUGGAGGGAGAUGUGAUGGGAGACAAGCUGGAAUCCGUAGAUUAUGAGGCCAAGAUUGAAGCGAGCGGCAAUGGCGGCUGCGUUUGCAAGAACACAAGCAAGUAUCACACCAAGGGUGACUAUGUUCUCAAAGAAGAGGAAAUUAAGGAAGGGGUGGACAAGGCCAUGGAGCUUUUCAAGGUGGUCGAACAAUACUUGCUUGCAAACCCAAGUGUUUGUGCCUAAUCAACUUGAUUGGGUUUUAAUGAAUUAUUGUCCUUUAUUACUAUCUAUAUUGGGUGUGCUUAGUUUGUGUACCAUCUUUAAUUUGCCUUUAAUAAGUUUGAGAGUGUAAGUCUCCCUUCACUCUUUUUUAUAUCUAAUAAAUUUGAUUUAAA